AUGUGUCAUUACAGCACUGUUGGAAAUGAAAUUGACUUCGGUGGACAAAAGAUUGUAACACUAGGACCACCACGAAGCGGUUUACAACGAGCAGUUUUCGAUGAGGUGCCGGUAGAUGAUAUCAACGGAUUAACUGGUAAUGACAACUGCCCACUUACAGGAGAAAUCACGCAACUAAAGAAUGAUAUCGAUGCAUACGAUGACAAAGUAGUGGAUUUACGAGGAGAGGACCCACUGUUUAUACCAAAGCCGUAUCGGAAUGAAAAGGAGGAACAGAAGGUAACAAAGUCAUCUGCAACAGUAGCAGGAAAAAAUAGAGCAUCAUUUACGACACUUCCACAGAUCGCUCCAGUACAUCUUACUGUGAAGCUGCCGUUGCCUUCUCAGCCGCCAGUUCGAUCAUCACAGCUACUUCCACGAAAAGAAUUCCUGUUUAAAUCAACACCAUUACCAAGAAUUAUCACUCAACAACAGUUGUCGACAAGAACGUCAUUCAGACCUAAAACAAAGACGUCUUUUUUGGUGUCUCGAUUGCCUCAGUUUGUGAAACAGCCCCAGCAGCUUCGAACUAACUUGAUUGCACCAACAUCAACAACAAUUUCACCGCAUCCUACAGAAACAGUACCGACCAUACCGCACGCGCAAUCAUCACAACCAUCUUCACAGAUCGGCCUUCCAUCACAAUCCCACUCAACUUCCAAUUCAUUAAGGACAGGAGUAUGUCAUGCAUCCAUUUUCUACAUAUCUACACCCAUGCAAAAUCCCAAAAAGCAUUCAUUUACACAUUUUGCUAUCACUGUAUCAACCGACCAGUGUGCUAGAACUUGCCAUGAAUUUAAUUGUGCCAUAGCACAUUACGAUCCCAUCACAGGACGUUGCCAGUUCAAUCCAUCAACUGCAUUCGCAAUGCGUAAGGGACAAUGCCCUCCCUGGCCUGCUACCCAUUACAAGAAUAAUAUCCAAACAAAUACUCCGCUCCGCAUAUUUUGUGUACAGUGUCAUCGAAGUUUUCGAAGAGGACGAGUAGGCAAUCAAGGUCGUUUCAGAACAGCUGUUUUGAGGACUCUCUACACCGGAAGAUUGCCAAAUUCGUUACAAAGCAGUGGACUUGCACGGAUGCAUUCAGUACUCUUAAAGCAACAAGGUGUAAUUAUGGGAUCAUCAUUUGGUAAUAUCACUUCGACACUCAAAGGACAAAAGGAACAAAUCGAUAAUGAGCAGAAAUUCAUCGAUGACACUGGUCAUCAUUGGGACAGGAGUGAAAUAGAGGUGGAAGCAGACAAUGAUAAUUUCGAGAAGUAG